UCCGGCGGAGUGUUGAUGAAGGCGCACUCCUGUCGCGCUUCAGCGGAUCCGUCCACUAAAAAGUGUGGAGUUUCACUGACAUAAUGGAUGAAUUCACAACUUGUAGCCUCGAAUACCUCCCAGAAAACAUCUUAAUUGACGUGUUGUCUUAUUUGAGCAUACGCGAGCUCGUCCGAGCAGGAAGAGUGUGUAAGCGAUGGAGACGUCUUGUGAAAGAUCAAAGACUGUGGAGACUUGUCGACCUGACUGCGUGGAAAGGGACGACGUCCCGUAUUCUGUGGGCCCUCCUCCGCCAGUAUCUAGGUUGUGGACUUCGGUGCUUACGCUUGCGCGGUUUGCUCCUCUCCGUCCGAGGAGGGACGUUCCUCUCCGAAGCUUGGCUCAAAGCUUUGUCCACCAGGUGCCCUCGUCUGGGCAGGCUUUACCUUCUGCACGCAGACCUGAGAAGCCUGCCCAGUUGCCAGUUCCUGCCUCCGUCCCUAAAAGUGCUGGAGCUGCGAGGCUGCGAGCUGCCUCAUGGAUUCUUCAACCAGGACCUUCCCACGUCCCCAGCGUGCGCUGCAGCCACCUCCAGUGCCAAACAGAAGGAACGUCCCACCCCGUCGGGGAUUUCUAUCGAAUCCUUAAUCCUUAAUAACGUCCCUUCCUUUAAAGACCAUCACCUGCAGAGUCUGACGUCGUGGCAGAGGCUCAGCCGUCUGGAGUUGUGCGACACGUUUCGCGUGACCGCCAACGGGCUCAGGAGCUGUGCCGCCAAGGACGGGACCUGCGGCGUGGAAGGGCUAUUCCGGCUGAAGUCCUUGGAAAUAAGCAUCACGAUACGGCAGGGCUACCAGCUGCAAAUGGCUUCCUUCGGGCUAGGGGCGGGAUGGCUGGGACUGGAGGAGCUCAGCCUGGGCGGCAAGGAGGUGGCACACGGCUUGCUCUGCGUUAGCCGCCUGAAGGACCUGAAGCGCCUCUACCUGAAGGCCUGCACCAUCAGAGAGAUGCAGAUUGUGCGGAGCUGCAGAAUGCUGCGUGACCUGGCCGGGCUCCACAGGCUGGAGUUCUUGGACGUGGUCUUUCAGCUGCGGCUGUGCCCCCCCGAGGGAGAGGGCGAGGAGGAGCAAGAGGGAGAGGGCAUGCCUGCCGGCGGAGACAACGUCAACAGCGAGAGCAAACCAGAUGAACCCAUUUCUAAACUGCAUCGCACCUUGGCCGUCCUGCUGCCGUGCUGCACGCUCACUUACAGCAAUUGCUCGGUUCGGUACAAUGAACCCUGAGGGAAUGCAUCCUCCAUGACAGCACUACACCACCAGCCAAAGUUUUUACACAAAGCAAAUGUUUGAUUUGAUCUUCCAAUAUUGGCUACCUGGAAAAGACAGGUACCACAUUAUUAGCAACACUUACAUAAGAAUUGGGAACAUUAGUUGACUUAACAUACUUCCUACUGUCAUUGACAUGUUUGUUGAUCAAUGCCUAUUUUAACUCAGGUGCAUUUUUUGGGCUGACUGAACAACUUGACAUUUUUUAUAUACAAUACAGUCUGUGACACUUUUAAAUGACAGGCAUUUCUUCUUUUUUUGUCAACAUUCAUUGUAGACAUGCAAACUAUAUAAAUAAUGCAAGUAAUGUUGAUUGUAAAUAUAUACUGUCUACAAUAAAUCCACUUUUAAA